CUUCGCGUUGCUCUCCUCUGCAUCCUUACUGUUUGCGCACUUGCUCCGCCCGCCUGACAUUUCUACCACCUCUCUUUUCGUGCAUCCCGUAUUCACUCGCCCGCAGGAUAUAUAGGAGUGGCUUUGCAGACCCGCGCAACACAAAACGAACCAGACACCCAGAGUACACGAUGGCUGCUGAGAACGGAAACGACUUUGCUAUCAACGAGGCACAGCUCACUGAACUCGAAUCUGUGAACAACGAGAUCAACGUUAUUGUCGAGCAACUCGUUGACGAGGAGGCCGCGCUGCACGCAAAGUAUGAGCUCAAGAAGGCGCCUCUGUACAAGAAGCGCCAGGGCGUGAUUGCCAAGAUCCCAAAGUUCUGGCUCACAUGCCUUGAGAAGCACCCGAUCAUCACAUCCUUGGUCGAGAUGGAGGAUGCCGAGGUGAUCUCGCAUCUGGAGAACAUCGAGAUUGAGCGGUCUCCGGCAAACCCGAUCAACUACAAAGUGAUCUUCUCGUUCAGCGAGAACCCGUACUUCACAGACAAACAGCUCGUCAAGGAGUUUGACUUCUCAGACAAGGACAACGUCCACGUCACGAACCACAAGAUCCACUGGAAGGAAGGCAAGGACCUGACGUCAACACAGACCACCGGCGAUGACUACAAGGGCGACUUGUACGACGAGGACAUGUCGAGCUUCUUCUGCUGGUUCACCGAUGCAAACGGCUCGGAGCUCGCCGACCUGUUUGCCAAUGACCUGUUCCCGAAUGCCGGCACCUAUUUCAUUGGCACCGACGAUUCGGAUGACGACGAUGUGAUUUCAGUCAUCGAGUACACGCCGAGUGACAAUGAGGUGGAGCUGGCUGCAGGUGCUGCUGAUGACUCUGAGGCUGAUGCUGAUCCGGAAGAUGCGCCGGCUGCAAAGCGCUCCAAGCACAACUGAAUAAAGGAGGCUGUCCUUUAGUCAAUAUAAACUCCCACAUAUUCCCCUGCCAACGCCGAUUAUAAAUACGACUCUUUCCUCCGCCAAUGCAGGACACCAGGAUGUAUCCCGAAAACACUAAAACGCUGGACCGCAGCAGUCUAGAA